AUGAGUUCAGGCUCUGUUUCCCAAUGGCUGACAGAAGCCGAAAACAGUUCACGGUUGACUGAAACUGAUUACUCGGCCCAGCUGAUGGAGUAUGCCAAGAAGCGUCACCCCGGAACACUUAACAACUUAUUUGAAUCGACCGAGUACAACAAAUGGCUAAGAUCGAGUCCGCAGUCGCUUCUGUUGUAUUCUCAGCCUGGGGCUGGUAAGUCGGUCGCAGUGGCAUGCCUGAUACAAGACUUGUUCCGUCCAUUUGGCCGGGGCGAGCCAGAUGACAACUCCAUCAAGCAUGAUUCACAGAAAGUCGGUAGUAUUGCCUAUAUAUUUUUCGACUCACUGCGAAGGGACGAACAAGGUUACGAUAAUAUAGCUGUCUGUAUCGCGAAGCAGCUCGCGUCAAGCCGAUUGCCGUCAGAAAAGCCAAACGUACCACCAUGGAAAGAAGAGGAAAAUGAGUAUUUUCUCAGGCCCACUGAGCUGGCCGUUUCCCGCUACCUAAAACAACAGAUUGUGUGUCACGCAAAGCAGUCGACCGUUUUUAUCAUCCUUGAAGGGCUGGAUGAGUGCCCUGAAACUUCUCGUGUGCCAUUACUCGCCCUCCUGGCCGCGAUACAGGGGGAAUAUGGCGGCCUGAACGUGCUAUUGACGUGGCGAAAGAAUUGGGCUCCUGCCUGUGACAUAGGAUUGAUGUUGCAGAAUACCAGGACGCUUGAGAUAUGUCCUAGCCAGCAGGAGAUGGAACUGUACUUGACUGAUAACCUCCCGCUAGAGCUUGAGAGUAGGAAGAGUAUCAUUGACAAAACCAUCGCGGUGGUCAAUGGACGGUAUUUAUUUGCCAAACUAUACGUUGAACUUAUCCAAUGGACCGCACCGCCUCAUCAACUCGAUCUCAUGUCCCCAGCGUCAAUUCGCCCGGCGACCUAUGAUGAACUAUGCCGUAGCAUCAUGGAUAAGAUCUCCUCGCAGUCGACCCACCAGGCACAACUGGCGAAGCUCUGUCUCCCAUGGCUUACAUUUGCUAAGCGGCCCUUGUCCGUACUGAAGUUACAAGACGCGUUGACAGUCCCCAUUGAAGGAAAUGCUGACUCGAACUUUGACGACUGCCCCAUAGAUAUUACAGCUAUCAUCACCUCUUGUGGUGGACUUACUCGCUUGGACUCUAUUAAUGGAACUUUAUGCAUCCGGCUGUACGAUCGGACUAUCCAAGACUACUUCCAUCGGCAUCUCUCUGACGCUGAGGGUGAUGUCGGAAAAGCUUGCAUCAAAUACCUUAUCAACAGAUCCCUUGACGGCGCUUGCCGGACAAACAAGGAACUUGUGGAGCGGCUUCGAUCAAACCCAUUUUAUGAGUACGCUGCGAGCCACUGGGGGCAACACAUACAAUACGUCAAGGGUCCUCCUCUGUCUGACAUGACGAUCCGCGAAUUCUUUAGCAGCAGGACAAAAUGGGAGGGAGUCUUGCAGACUGAAUUAUCUGUAGCAGAGAUACGGCGCGAGGGUCCCAAAGAAUUUUGCGAAUAUGGGCGUCUAUACUAUCCCGCCGGGAAUAGUGAGAUUCUGGAGAUACUUCUGUCACAUAUAGCUUCGGAUAUUGACAGGAGGGACUAUCAAGGACGGACCCCGAUAUCCCAUGCAGCAGACAAUGGCCACGCAUUUGCCGUAUCCCGGCUCCUAGAACAUCAUGCGAAUCCCAACUUGAGGGACUGUGAUGGGUGUUUCCCAUUGUGGUAUGCAGUGAAAUUUGGCCACACGAAUGCAGUCAGAGUACUACUGGACUGUAAAGACCUUUGUGGAUUGAACUGGAGUCCAUACGAGUACGCCAGGUACAGAACAAAAGCCACACCCCUCGUCUGUGCAUUGAAGAAUGGAUUCAGGGAUAUUGCCGAGAUGUUGGCAGAGGUGGAUGAUUUUGAUCCUCACGCCCCGGCUGGGCUCAGUGGUCUUACGGUUCUUGGCUUUACUAUCGAAACGGGUCAUGAAGACAUCGCUCUCAGACUCCUCGCCAAGUACGGCAUCAGCUCAAAGUCUGAUCAGCAAGAGCCUGGCGCUGAGCUGCUGGUUGCCGCAGCGUUAAUUGGGAGCACAGAGCUUGUCAAUGCUCUGCUAGAAAAGCACAGGGUUAACCCAAAUGGGACACAUCCAUGCCGCCCUGGUUCUGAGUUUGAAUCCUUCCCUGGUUCCGAGCUUGAAUCCAUCCCUGAUUCCAAGUUUGAUGGACUCACGCCACUCAUUGCAGAAGCAAAGAAUGGUCACGAUAUCAUUGUCAAACUAUUAUUGCGGCACAAGUCCAUUCGGCCUGACAUGUUAAAAGACGGCACUACAGCGCUCUCUGAAGCAGCCAGGCAUGGGAAUGUCGGCGUUGUCAACAUGUUGCUCGCGGACGGAAGGAUAGAUGUCAACCAGCAGGUUGGCUAUAAAUCUACUCCCCUUUCAUUGGCAGCAUCCCGGGGUCAUGAAGCCGUGGUAGAAGCUCUACUUGCGCAAAAGGAAACUGACCCAAACUGUAAAGACUCCUCUGGGAUGUCGACUAUCUCCCGAAUGUUAGCGCAAGAGUCCAUUGAGCAAGAUGACAUGACGCAGAUGUGCAAUGCGGCCAGCAGGAUCCUGGCUGACCCUCGAUUCGACCGAAAGGCUAGGGAUGACUGGAAUCAUACUGUCCUUUACUGUGUGGCUAAACUCGGAGCUACAAGUCUUGUGGAGUUGAUCUUGGAAGAUCCCAGGGCAGACAUGGGCUUUGAAGACGACGUGGCCCCAUUGGCCUCGGCUGCUCAGUCAGGUCAUGUCGACGUCGUUGAGGCGUUUCUUAAGACGGGCCGUUUUGAGAUAAACACCCCUUUUAAGUAUUGGUACGGAUCUAGUAAUAUUCCCCUGUUGUCAAUAGCCGCAAAGGCUGGGGAGGUGCGUGUGGUUGACAUGCUCCUUUCUCAGCCAGGGAUAGAUGUACAACAAACGGAUAAUCAAGGACAAACACCGUUGGCUAUAGCCGCCUCGCGAGCUGCUACAGCUAUCGUCGAGAGGCUCUUGGCAGUCGAAGGAGUGGACCCGAACGCUCGGGAUACGAAAGGCCAGACACCAUUACAUAUGGCUGUAGAAUGUUCCAACUCUCUUGGGACUGUGGAGGCUUUGCUCCGGGCCGAGUAUAUCCGACCAGACACUGCAAACGAUCAAGGGCGAACACCGCUAUCGGUUUUGUGCGGAAGUCCUGAUAACAUCACAUUGAAAGCAGUAAACCUCCUCCUCGCCACCAAUGCUGUCAACCCAGACUCGAGGGAUCUUACCGGGCGAGGCCCCCUCUCAUGGGUUAUUGACCAGUCCGGGUACUUGAGACAUUAUGACGGUGUUACCACCCGAAAGAAGGUGAUGCAGCGGCUCCUCCAGUUCCCAGAAGUUGACCCCAACGCCGAAGACUCUGAGGGACUUACACCCCUUUUUCGGGCUAUACAGGGCAGUAAUGGCAACGAGUUUGUGCGAGUCCUUCUCGAACGGGAAGACCUUGAUGUGCAGCAGAUGAAUCGGGACGGACUGACCCCCCUGUUCGUCGCGACGGAGAUAGGGGAUGUAGGGGUCAUGUCGCUGCUCCGGAAGAGAGGAGCGCAGUAUGACGACAGAGAUACGCACUCGCAUGUCACCGAAUCUGAAUAUCUCUCUGCCGGUGGAGCGCUUGACAUGAAGAAUUUAAAACUGCCAUCUGAGGCUGGCGAGUUAGCUGAUUUCCAUGCUGAAACACAAGAGGAGAGCUCGUCAAACUUGUCUAGCUAUUAUUCAUCCCCGAAAUGGAGGCGGAGAAGAGACCCGGUGGGCGACGAGUUAAGUAGAGACAUAAUUCUUCCCUUGAACGAACAAAAAGAGCAUCUCAUCGCGGAAGCUGCUAAUGACGAAGAUCUGUGUGCAAGAUGCGCGACUAUAGACCUGGAUGAUGCUUUUUCGCGCCGGAAUACUGACCCUCAAGGGCGAGUCAUUGCCCGCCUCGGAAGAAUAGACAGGACCUGGAAAAUAGGGCAGUGCCCUAUGUGUCGGCUCAUCUCCAUGAUGACUUCUGGUUGGAAGGAAAAUUGGAAGAUCAACUUGGAGGAACGAGAGGAUGAGUUUGCCCUAGUCGCAUUAUCGAGCACAGAAUUGUGGCUUUGCCAAAACUUACGCGAUUUAUGGAAACACUUUAUAAGUGAGUGGACAGAUACGGUAUUGCUUACUGUUCUCCCCGCGUCAAUUCCAGGCACAACAGACGACUGGGAGAAAUUGAAGGCCCAAUCUUUCAUCCUUUCGGCAGGUUUCAUCGGCCGAGUAGGUUCUAACUGCGAGAACAACACACGCGCCAUCACUGUUACUCGGGUGAACGACAGGGUGGAUUAUGCUGCUGCUAGAGGCUGGAUUGCAUGCUGUCGUGAGACUCAUUCGGAGCGGUGUAACCAUCAAAGACUGGCUCGCGUACCACAUUUUCGGGUCAUUGAUUGUCAAACAAGGAGAGUAGUUCUGCAGGGUGAGGAAGUUGACCCAUAUGUGGCCCUAAGUUAUGUAUGGGGUCCUCCUCCCGCUGCCAGCUUGAAAGAGACAAGUGGGCGAGAGUCUUGCGGUAGGGAAGCUGACCGUGACGGAUUUGAGUUGGGACAGAGCGUUGAAGCGAUUGUUGAAGAUGCCAUGACGAUGACGUUAGAGCUCGGAUACAGGUACCUGUGGGUUGACAGGUAUUGCGUUAUUCAACAUGGUCACGGCAAGAUAAAGCAGGAACAGCUACAGAGCAUGGACUCGGUGUACGCGAAUGCUGAGGUAACUUUAGUGGCAACUGCUGCACAGGCCUCAUCAUCUGGUCUCCCUGGCGUCAGCGAUCGGCUCCCCAGAGUGCCACAGCAUUCGGUACGGAUCAAAGGUCACGUUCUAACUGUGAUCCCACCAGAACCCAACCGCCAAAUUGAAUCUUCGGCAUGGAUGACGCGAGGAUGGACAUACCAGGAAGGACUACUCUCUCGCCGCCGCAUCUUCUUCUCGGAGACAGAGAUGUCGUUUGAAUGCGGGAAUCUGGUAGCCCGUGAGGCUCUCCGCAUCCCUCCAAGGGUCGAAAGGCUGGUGAGCGAUCUGCAAAGCCGUAUAAUGAGCGAUCUGCAAAGCCCUUUAACGCGCGGUCCGGAAGACUCUCUACUGGUGACCUCGUGGAUCUAUGGGGAGUCAGUUAGAAUAUCCUCUGACGAAGGGGGCACUGACUUAUUCGGACGACUGGCGGAGUACACAGAACGGAAACUAUCAUAUCAGUCGGACGCCCUAAAUGCUAUGCUAGGCAUUCUCCAGGUAUAUGCUACCCACGAGCCGAAGCCAAUUUAUCACGUCUGUGGCGUGCCAAUCUUCAUUUACGAUUCAGAAAAUAAGCUCGGCAGUCUUUCAGCGACUAGGGAUGACGGAUCCGACUAUGCAAGAGUUGCCCUUGCGGGCUUUGUCAGUGGUCUAUGCUGGAGACUGCAGGAUCCUGGCAUGCGUCGCUCGGAAUUUCCCAGCUGGUCUUGGACAGGGUGGGAUGGCCAGGUUGCCAGUGAAAACGCCCAUCGGUACAGAGUGUCUUUUGAUGAUGGUUUUGACGUGGACCUUUCCGUAGUAGAAGAGGGCGGAACGUCCGUUGUGCCCUGGGAGAAGUAUUAUCAUCAGUUGAGAACUGCUGUGAGAAACGAAAGUCGGUCAGGAUUCAUCUUCUCUCAGCACCAUAAGCUUGAUAUCACGGCGAACACGGUAAAGGUUCAAUUUUAUGAGAAACACGACCGUUGGACGAAUGGCUUAGAGUGGGAAGGCACUGCGUUUAUGCGGACCUGUCUUACCUGCGGAUUGGUCGAGGACUUCCAGCCAUCACAACAAAAGCAACAUGUAGAUCCGUGGGAAGGCUGGCUUAUAGCUGAAAUCCAGCCGCUGUCAUGGCCCCCUUGUGUUCAAUACUCUGAGUCUAUCGAAGCGACCCCUAUAUCGACAGCGAGAGUCUUUAGCCACCGUCCGAACGUGCAGACCUCGUUCCAGAACGAAGCUCAAAGAGAGAGAGACCCUUACGUCUACUCUGAUCUACCCAAGGGUUCCUGUAUUCGACUACUGGAACUAUCGCCCGGCAACAGACCCGAGAUACUCAGCGGCCGCCUUUUCGAGGUUUGGUGGGAGCAGGAAACAUGUCCACCGUACUCUGCCCUGUCCUAUACUUGGGCAGAUGAAAGUGGUGACACAUCAAAUUCAAAUCUCAUAUUCCUCGACAAAGAGCAGAAGGUUCUACGUAUCACUGGUAACUGUGAUCGCGCUUUGAGAAGCCUUCGCCACAAGACCAAUUCAAAACUACUAUGGGUCGAUUCCAUCUGUAUCAACCAGUUAUCUCCCUCCGAAAGGUCUCACCAGGUCGGAUUGAUGAAAACCAUAUACUCCAAAGCAACUACUGUUCACUCUUAUGUUGGAGAAGCAGUGUGGGGAGCCGACUCGACAGGAAUCGAAGCUUUGACUUUGUUAAAUAACCUUCAAGUAAAUGGCAUUUCUGGCUGGUUGUCUCCUGGCAAGACAAGCAACGUCUCCAUCCUCAACAAAUUCUUCGCAAGGUCCUACUUCGCUCGGUUAUGGAUCGUUCAAGAGCUUCUUCUUGCUCAAUCAAUUACUAUCCAUUGUGGAGAGGUCUCACUCGAGGUUACCAACGAGUCCAUCUCGCAGCUAUAUGAACAAGGUGUCAAAGUUCCUUCGUGGGUUCGAUUUGCUGGAAAGACCAGGUCGCACACAGAGCAAGCCCCUUUGGACCUGAGAGGUCUCCUUGCUGCAACCAGUGUCUGUCGUGUCACAGACAUGCGUGACAAAAUAUUCGGGUUGCUAGGUCUUGUUAGCGACGUUCAGGCUUCAGAACUCAGUCCUGACUACGAACUGAUGGUCCGAGACGUUUACAUCGGCGUCGCUGCGUACCUUAUGCAAAAGAGCCAUUGUUGCGAUCUCAUUCAGCAUGCCAACCCCUACUGGGUUGAGAAAUGGGUUGGAAAAGACCACAAAGAUUGCAAAAACGACUAUGGAAUUCCCUCUUGGGUCCCUCUUUGGGAUACAGAUAUACCGCUGCAAACUUCCCAAGACAUCCUCAUACAUAUUGAAGAGUUGCACCGCGAGAGCCUUCUUGGGGAGAAAGUAAAUUUCGAUCAUUGCACAAUACACAGCAUCGAAGGCUGGCCUCACGACAAGAACUCUGAGUGCGAAAGAGGAGUAAAAUGCUGUAAAACGGUGGACUCAAAAUCGGGUUUUCUCACAACCAGGAUGGAGACGGUAUUACGGCUCGACUCGCUAUUUGAAAUUUUUACCAGUGUUCCCUGGGAGUUUUACGAAAUCGAAGACGGCGAAUAUUUCACAUCCUUCUGGGAUCUGGAGGAUGGUCUCCAACUUGCCAUUAGGAGUCUUGGAUUGGCAUGGAAGUGUGCGAUUUCCCACAAAGAUGUUCAUCUGAUUCGGAUCGAGGGGUGCAGUACUUUGUUCUUGGCACACCAGACUUCCGGGAGCCGAAACUAUCGCCUGAUCACCUCGUGUGUUGCAGCUAUAGUCUGCCAAACACGGGAGUCUAGCCCCACCGAGAUGCUCAACCCCAAUGACCUGCAUCACUACCUACAACUCAAGCCUCUUACAGUCGAAAUGAUUCAUUUCAUAUCAAAGUGGAGGAAUCAAGUACUUGAGCUUGCGAGAUCAAACCCUGAAGACAGAGAAGACAUUUCGCCAAUCGAGGACCAAAGUUGCCACUAUGUGUCCGGAGACAAACCAGUCACAUCCCAUCCAAGUUGGAGAAGCUGGAUCCCUUUCGUAACCUUGGAAACCAGGGAAAUACUGGAAGAUAAUUUGGAGCUACAGAAGCAACUUCCAAAUCUAGUUGACUUCUGGCACGAGGCUCAUGUAUUGCAUACCUCGGUUCGAGGGUGGAACAAGAGUGCCUUCCAGGUGUCAUACCAAUGUAUCGUGUUGAAUGAAUCUUCCCGCGAUAAGAAGAGGAUUCUGAAAGACCUCCUUGAGAAGUCCCAUGCGUUGAUGGUAGCGUUUGAGACGAUCACGGGUAACACGCCCAUCCUCCAGACCCUGGACCCCCUUCGGCUGCUCCUCGAUCUUUUAGCCGACCCCGAGGUGAAAUGGCCUAGAAGUCAGCUAUUCGUUGAUCCACGUGGAUUAGACGAUCGUCUCCUUGUUGCUCUGGAUAAAGAUCGGGUGUUCUUAGAUCAAGCUUUCCCACUGGACCUACAUGUUAUAUCUUCUGAGUAUAAUAGCAUUAAGGAAACGAUAGAAUGGAAGCAAUUACUGGCUGGGAUUAUAAGGGGAAAUACAGAGGUAGAGGAUAUUAUUUUUAUUUAA